AUGGGGGAUAGAUGGAUACAAUUCCUCUCAUCUCUAUCGCUUCUCUUUCUCCUGGAAUGGACGCAAAUAUCAUCUUUCAACCUGGACACAGAAAACGUCCUGAUAAAGAACGGAGAGCCCGGGAGCCUUUUCGGGUUCUCUCUCGCUAUGCACCGGCAGUUAGAUCCGGUGGAUAAGACCAUGUUGCUGGUUGGUGCUCCGAGGGCCAAAGCUCUGAGAGGUCAGAAGUCAAAGGUCACAGGAGGACUCUACAACUGUGACACCACUUCUUCCAGCUGUAACCGCGUGGAGUUUGACAACAAUGAGAACCUGAAUACUGAGAGCAAGGAGAACCAGUGGAUGGGUGUAACAGUGAACAGCCAGGGACCAGGAGGAAAGAUUGUGACGUGUGCCCACCGCUACCAGCUGCGUCUGUUUGUGAACACGCCCCAGGAGUCUCGUGACAUCACAGGAAGGUGUUACGUGCUGAGCCAGGACCUGACAAUCAAUGCCCGGUCUGAUGAGGACGGAGGGAACUGGAGGUUCUGUGAGGGGCGGGCACGCGGGCAUGAGAGGUUUGGCUCAUGCCAACAGGGUCUGUCUGCCACCUUCACUAGGGACUAUGAAUACCUAGUGUUUGGAGCUCCUGGAGCAUAUGACUGGAAAGGUAUGGUGAGAGUAGAGCAUAAGAACAGCACUCUGUUGGAGAUGCGUUCGUAUAAAGACGGGCCCUAUGAGGUGGGCGAUGAGAACCAGUUAAACCCAGACCUGGUCCCUGUGCCCCCUAACAGCUACCUGGGCUUUUCUCUGGACUCAGGGAAGGCCAUCACGAAGAAGGGUCAGCUGACAGUGGUUGCAGGGGCUCCGAGAGCCCAUCACAGCGGAGAGGUGGUGUUGCUAAAGAAGGAGUCCGAUGAGUCCUCCAUGCUGUCACCAGAGUACAUCCUGGAAGGGGAGGGGUUAGCCUCAUCGUUCGGCUACGACCUCGCUGUGGUGGAUCUCACUGGAGACGGGUGGCAGGAUAUCGUGGUGGGAGCCCCUCAGUUCUUUGAGAAGGAUGGAAAGGUGGGCGGAGCUAUUUAUGCCUAUAUUAACAAGGGCGGAGUCUGGAGUAAGCUCACGCCCACCAGGAUAGAUGGACCUCAGGACUCCAUGUUCGGAUUGGCUGUAGAAAACCUGGGAGAUCUCAACUUGGACGGUUAUCAGGACAUUGCUGUGGGAGCACCAUAUGAUGACAGUGGGUCAGGGAAGGUGUUCAUCUACCACGGCUCAGCUCAGGGCAUCAACAUCAAACCGGCACAGGUGUUGUCAGGGGCGCCAUCGAAGACGAGGUUGUUUGGUUAUUCUCUAGCUGGUAACAUGGACCUGGACAAGAACUCCUACCCUGACCUGGCCGUAGGGUCCCUCUCCGACUCUGUGUUUGUCUACCGAGCUCGGCCAGUCAUCAACAUCCAGAAGGUUGUCAAGACAACGCCAAAGGAGAUUGAUCCAACUAAGAAGAACUGUGGCAACAACAUUUGCUUGGAGGUAGAGGCCUGUUUCUCCUACACAGCCAACCCUAAAUCCUACAACCCCAAACUGACGGUGGCGUACUCCUUUGAAGCGGAUGCGGAGCGUAGGAAGAAGGGUCUUCCCCCCAGAGUGACCUUCUCCACACGUUCCAGCGAGGACCAUGACUACGAGUCCACUGGUGUUCUCACCCUCAGUGCACAGGGCAAGAAGGAGUGUAUCACUGCCAAACUCACUCUACAGGAGAACAUUAAGGACAAGCUUAGGGGAAUCCCCAUUGAGGUUGCCGUGGAGAUACAGAACUCCAAAAGGAAGAGAAGAGCGCUCCCAGGGCUCACGCCCAUCCUCGACUCCAACCAGCCUAUCACGGCCAGUGCUGAGGUGAGUUUCCUGAAGGAAGGAUGUGGCAGUGAUAAUUUGUGUCAGAGUAAUUUACAGCUUCAGCACCGCUUCUGCUACAGAGAAGCCAACAAGGACUUCCAUCUACUGCCUAUGGAGAAUGGGGUGCCAGUGGUCUCCCUUAGCGACCAGAAGGACAUCGCCCUAGAGAUCACAGUGACCAAUAAGAAUGGAGAUGAUGCUCAUGAGGCAGCAUUGGUUGCCUCCUUCCCCUCCUCUCUCUCCUACUCCGCCUCCUACUCUGCACCCAAGGACAGGCAGGUGUCCUGUGUGGCCAAUAAGAAUGGCUCUCAGGCAGACUGUGAGCUGGGGAACCCCUUCAAGCGAGACUCAGAGGUGACGUUCUACAUAAUCCUGAGUACAGCAGGCAUCUCCCUGAACACCACAGAGCUGGAGAUAGACCUGAAGCUGGAGACGACAAGUGACCAGCAGAAGGUGGGCAGAGUCAAGGCCAAGGCCAAAGUGGUGAUCGAGCUGCAGCUGUCCCUCACAGGAGUGGCCAAGCCUUCCCAGGUCUACUUCACUGGAGAGGUCAAAGGUGAGAGCGACAUGAAGUCAGAGGGAGACAUCGGCAGCCCGAUCGAGUAUGAGUUCAGGGUGAUCAACCUAGGGAAGCCCCUGAAGACCUAUGGCACCGCCUCCCUGAUCAUCAAUUGGCCGAAAGAAACUGUGGAGGGGAAGUGGAUCCUGUACCUGGUGAAGAUGGACUCCCAAGGUCUGGAACAGAUCACAUGCUCUCCAGAGAGAGAGAUCAACCCACUCACUGUCAAAGAGGUUAGCAAUAGCAGGAGGAGGCGAGCUGUAGGGGAGACAGACAAACCUGAGGGAACCAUCGCACUGCUGACUGACAAAAGGAAAUACACUACUCUGUCGUGUGAGGAUGGGGCAAAGUGUGUGGAGAUUCACUGCUCCCUACAGGGCCUGGACAGUAAUGCAGUCAUCCUGCUCAGAUCUCGCCUCUGGAACAGCACAUUCCUGGAGGAGUACUCUAAGCUGAACUAUCUGGACGUGAUAGUGAAAGCCUCUCUCAGAGUGGACGGCACAGCUAAAAACAUGGUCCUGAGGAACGCUGAGACACAGGUGAGAGUGACGGUGUUCCCGGAGCGUCGUGUGGCUCAGUACGGAGGACUGCCAUGGUGGAUCAUCCUGGUGGCCAUCUUGUUAGGACUUUUGCUGCUCGGCCUGCUGGUCUUCCUGCUCUGGAAGUGUGGUUUCUUCGGGAAGAAGAAAGAGGAUGCCCCACCCUCUGACAAAGAGCGAUUGACGCCGUCUGAUGCAUAA